CUCGAUACAGAAUGUACAGUUAUCAAAUGAUAAUAAAGAAUCACUAGACAAGCUUAGAAACUCCGUUGUAUUCCAAUGAACUUUCUAAAAGAUUUAUGAGAUGCGUCAUCUAGGGAGGUCUUUCAAAUUGUUUCAUUUAUUACAGUGAAUGAUGACUGCGAAAAAGAAGAAUUUGGAUGCUAAUUUGGAAGAAAUUUUUAAGGAGUACAUCGCUAUAAAAGAUGAGGAUUAUAAAAAAUCACAAGAUAUUUUCAAAAUUGUGUUUGAUAUGGUAAAAGUAAAGAUGGGGGAGAAAUGCAAUUAUUUUAAGAAAUACAGCAGCCAGGUAAUGAUUGCUGGUAGCGUUGAUGACGGUAUUAAGGUAUCAAAAUUGGACGAAUUCGACAUGGACAUAGUUAUUCGGCUACCAAUAAAUCAUGCAAACGACGGUGAAAAGGGCAUCAUUAUGGAAUACGACCAACCGGGCUUCGUAAAACUAAAAAUUAUUGAUAGUUUCGAUCACCUGGACAAGCAACCAGAGUGGGAGAAGUGUCACGUAGUAACGAAGGAAUGGCGCGACGCCAAAAAAUACUUCCUGCAGAACAAAUUCCGCAGCUGGUUGCACGGAAUCGUCCAAAAAGCACUCAAUGAUAUGAACAGAAAAGUGACAGUGAACGGUGUGAGUUACCUUCUCUCAUACAAAGAAUCGGGUCCAGCUUACACUCUGAAUAUAAAGAAUGAUAAAGACCAAGAACAAUUUUAUUUAGACGUUGACUUGGUACCUGUUAUUAGAUUCUCAUUGCCGCGAUGGCCUUCAGGCUAUAGAUGUACAGGGGACAGUAAUCAGGUGAAAGACUGGUAUGUAGUGCCUAAGCCAAAUAAGUCGUUGCAAGACGAUACGCAGAAGAGUCGAUGUUGGCGGCUUUCGUUUCAAGCCUUCGAAAAAGAUAUGAUGAAAAACCGGCAACAACUGAAAAAAACCAUAAGAUAUAAUUUGCAGGUUAAGAAACUAAGGGAUUCCCAAGAUAUGAAAGCAAUUGCGAGUUACUAUAUAAAGACUUUAUUCCUAUGGAAAAUAAGCAAAAAUGACGACAAAUAUUGGCAGGCAAAGCUAAGCUUACUUUUCCAUACUAUGGUGAAAGAAUUGUAUGAUGCUGUAGAGAAAAAAUGUAUACCGUUUUUCUGGCACAAAGACCACAACUUGAUUGAAGGACUUAAGCCUUCACUGCAGAAGAUAUAUUUGGGGAAACUCGAUGCUGUUCUCAAAAGCAUAGAAGCAACCGAUGUUGACUCUGUGGUGGAUGCAUUACUCACGCCAAGCGAGUUAAAGAAAUUCAAGUCGUCCGAGUUUUAUCAGAAUCAAAAAGUUAAGGAUGUAACUGAUAAUGCAAAACCAUCAUCAACUGUUUUAUGCAAGCAAACAUCUAUAUCAAAUGACGAUAAGACGAAAUUAAUUAACUCUUUAAUAAGUAAGGUAGAUAGGCUUACUACUACUGUUUUCGAUCUCCAAGAUAGAGUGAAACGUUUAGAAAUGUGUAGAGAUAUGACACAAACAAAUAGGAUUGACGACAGUGGUGAUAAUUCAAUAAUUUGUUCUCUUUCCAGCUCUGAAAACUCUGAACUGUCACUGAUUGAAUUUUAGGCCCUAACCGAGACCGAAUGAAUACCAGAUGAAUCACCGAAAGUAUAGGAAGAACACCUAAAACAAAAAUAGGCACAUAUAUCAGUUUAGUUACAUUAGAGUAUGCAAGUUAUGUUAGACCAUUACUUAUUUUAUUACCUAUAAUUUUAUAAAAUUAAUUUAAUCCUACAUUAAAUUACUAAGACAU